AUGGGUAACCUCCACUGCCCCACCCGGAAGACCAGCAGGGCACAACAGGUGUUCGAACGUGCGGGACUGGUUCUAACGCCUCAGUCGGUGGAGGGUAGCUAUGAAGCCCUAGCUGAGAGCAACUGCAUCCCGCGAAAGUGGCACGUGGAAGGUCGCUGGGGCAUUCCCAUCGAACAGAUCUCAUCAGGACAACACCAGCGCAUGCGCUUCAUUCCACUGCUGGAUGGCGCUGAGAGCAGGUUGCCUGAUGAAAUUCAUCAAUUGAUGAAGGCUGGAAAGGCCUCCGUGAUUUACCAGGCUCCCAGUCAUUCAUCGAAAGCAAUGGCUUGGACAGAUUGGCAUCCAGGUCAUUUGGCCGCCAAAAGCCUCCAGAUUGACCCGAAGACGGCCGCCAUUCCAUACAUCCAAGGCAUCCAAGGCAGUGACUCACCAGGGUCCUUUGGGUCCACCGUGUCCACCUUCACUUUUGCGGAGCUUUUCGCUGGCAUUGGCGGCUUCCGGGUUGGCUUGGAGGCCCUGGGAGGACGAUGCGUUUUCGCCUCGGAGAUUGACAGUUCCGCGCGGGAGGUUUAUCUCCUGAAUUUUGGGGAUGACCCUUUGGUGGCUGGAGAUAUCUAUGAGGUGCCAGAUUCAGCCAUCCCGCAGGUGGAUUUGUUGGUGGGCGGUUUCCCAUGUCAACCCUUUUCGGCCUUGGGCAGCCAACCUGCUUUUGAUGAUGAGCGUGGGCUGCUGUUCCGGGAAAUCGUGCGGGUGUUAAAGGCCUCCGACGCCAGGGCCUUUCUCUUGGAGAACGUGCCGGGCCUUUUGGGCUGCGACGAUGGUCGCACCCUGCAGGCCAUCAAGGAUGAACUGAUGCUGGCGGGAUAUGAAGUACAGAUCCACACGGCCAAUGCGCGAAAUCUGACGGCGCAGGCGCGAAAGCGGGUAUUCUUCUUUGGGCUUAAGGAGAAUGGAGAUGGUGGGCCUAAUGAUGGAGAUGAAUCCAGAUCUGGUCCCAGUAGACCUGGUGGGUUCCAGAACUGGCGUUUGCCUUUCGUCCCUUCUCUCCAGCUGCGUGCGCGAGACUUCUUGCAAUCGGAUGAGGAACUGGACGAGAACGAGGACAUCUACGGUUUGAGUCAUGAGCAGUUCAAGCAGUUGAGGGCGUCGCCGAAAUGGAGUCGCAGAGGUGGCAUGACCCAUACCUUGGUCUGGGAGGAUAAGUUGUGUGACACCUUGGUCUCCCACUAUGGGACCAGCUUGGCCAAGGGUAACUCCCAGCUGGUUCCGAGGCUGGCGCCCUUGAAUCCCCGGAGAUUUACUCCCAGAGAGUGCGCCAGAUUGAUGGGAUUUCCGGACAGUUUUCGGUUGACUGAGAGAAAAGCUGGGGAGAAUCCGAACAUCUGGUUCAGAGCUCUGUACAAGAUGUUGGGCAAUAGCGUGUGCCCUCCACUGGUGGCAGUGUUGGCCAGUGGCUUACUGGAGGCCCUGGGGCUGCCGCCCCCGCAGGGUGGAGCUGACGAUGGCACCUGGGAGGUCUACGGUGGAAGCUGCGCCUUGCGACUGGCAUUGGAGGCUGUGGCGCCAAAGAGACGCACCUGCAGCAAGUGCGCCGGAGCCCUGUCGGAGAACGCCAAGUUCUGCGCGCAGUGUGGGCAUAAGCAGCAGGCGUCGCUGGAGACCUGGGCGCUGGUAGGCCUCUCAGGGCGCCUGGAGGACCUUUGCCGGGACCUGCGCCGCUCCGUGGAGCAUGAGUUCGUCCUCUCCGAGCGGCAGCUGCAGGCGCAGCAAGGCGCGGAUCUGGAGGCGCAGCGCUUGAAGUACGAAGCGGAGGCAUGCCAACAGCAGGCGAAGCUGGAGGCGGUGAGCGCAGAGCUCAAAGAGUGCAGCCAGAAGCUAGAGGCCAAGCAGAAGCAGGUCAAGGGUCUGCUGCUUUCGUCGCAGCAGACUCACCAGCGCUGCCUGCAUCGCCUCGCCUUCGAGCGCUCCUUCCGCGCCUGGCAGGCCUGCGCCGCGCAGCGCAAGGAGGAGCGCCUGCAGCAGCUGGUGGCAGGGAAGCUGCACACCUCGCGGCUUCUUGGUCAGCUCUUCGGGUGCUGGCGCCAAGGCACCCUCGCCAGCAGCCGCGAGAAGUGGCUGGCCCACGAGCGGGCCUCGUUCGGCGCGGUGAGGGCCAAGCUGAUGGAACAGAUGGAGCUCGAGAGGGCCCAGCUGGUGGCGCAGGUCGAGGAUCUCACGCGUCAGCUUGCGGAGGAGGGGAAGCAGCCGCUGUGGCAGAAGUUCAGCCGAACCUGA